AUUAGUGUAAAUAGAGAAACAACUACAUUGAUCAAUCAUUACAUUAAACCAAAGUAAUAUUACCGAUCUAAACAUUAAUUUGCAUUCUCUCCACCUCCACCAUGAGUUCGAAGUUAGAAGGACAUGAGCAUCGUGUAUCCUUGGUGAAUUCUCCUGAUAGUUUCGAAUGCAAUGCUUGCGAUCGAUCUUAUGGUGCUGCCUACUCAUGCGGUGAAUGCAAGUUUGCUAUUCACUUUCAAUGUGUAUUUCUGUUCAAGAUACAAGAGAUACUCGACCAUCCUUCUCAUGAUGGGCAUUGUCUUAAGCUUCUCACAACGGGAGCUCCUGAUGACACCGAACCUAAAUGCCAUCUCUGCGGUAAAAACACCAAGCGACUUCUUUAUCAUUGCUCUGAUUGUAAACUCAAUUUGGAUAUCGAUUGCAUAAUUGAUUACAUGUGUGCCCGAGCCCAUGUGACUAUGCCGUGGCACAACCAUCCUCUACUCAUGGUUGAUUUUACUUCUAAUAUGACGUGCAACUUUUGUGGGGAUUCAGGCAAACAUGGCUAUUUGUGCCCUCGUUGCAGGUUGGUGGUUCAUGAGAGGUGUGUCUCUGUAUUUGACUUACCAGAGAUUACUCAUCCUUGUCAUGUCAAGCAUCCUCUUAAGCUUCUCACCAACGGACCUCCAGAUUACACAGACCGGAAAUGUCGUAUAUGUGGAUGCUCUACCGGGAGCUUACUUUAUCAUUGUGAUAUUUGUAAGUUCAAUUUGGAUUUGGAUUGUGCGAUUAAAUAUCCCUCACUAGUUUCUCUUUCAAAUCUCAAGGUCCAUGAGCAUACCCUCACAAUCAUGCCAAGAUUGAUCUCCUUCGUUUGUGAUGCUUGUGGGACGAAAGGCGACCGUUCCCCUUAUGUGUGUCUUCAAUGCGAUUUCAUGAUUCACGAAAUUUGUUCUCAUUUACCACGUGUUAUUAACGUCAAUCACCAUGACCACCGUGUUUCGUUCAAGUAUCCUCUUGGUCUUCGAGAAGUGAAAUGUGGAGUUUGUUGGGAAGAGAUUGAUUGGUCAUAUGGGGGUUAUUCUUGUUCCCUUUGUCCUCGUUAUGCUCUUCAUUCACUAUGUGCAACAAGGGGUGAUGUGUGGGAUGGAGAGGAGCUUGACGGAGUACCUGAAGAAGUUGAAGAUGUCAAGCCAUUUAAGAUGAAUGAAGACCAAACAAUCACUCAUUUUGCUCAUGAACAUAACCUAAACAAAGACGGUAUUGCUUUGAAGAAGAGCAUCUUGUGUGUAGCAUGUGUAUAUCCCAUCGGUUCUAACACAUUCUACAACUGUUCAGAAUUAGAUUGCAGUUUCAUUCUCCAUGAAACAUGUGCUAAUCUUCCUAAGAAGAAACGUCAUUUUCUGAGCCCGAAACCUCUCGCUCUUAGCCUCUACAACAGGGGCUUCACCGGAAGAUGCAAAGCUUGUCGUCAACCAUUUUGUGAAGGAUUCAUCUACUCUACAUUUCGGAGUCAAGACUUUGACUUACUAUGCAGUUCGAUUACUGUGCCUUUUAUCCAUGGAAGUCACCCUCAUCCUUUACUCUACCUCAAACUAGGAUACAUUUACAUGAAAACUUGCCAAUGUUGUGGCCUCGAAGAGAAAGACGCCGUCAUAGGUUGUAUGAAAUGUGAUUACUUUCUGGAUUUCCGUUGUGCCACUCUACCAUUAACGGUAACGCUUUCUAGGUACGAUGAUCAUCCACUCGUUCUAUGUUAUGGUGAUGAAAAGGCAAGCGGAAAAUAUUGUUCGCCAAACCAGGAGAAAAGAUCGACUACUAUACAGAACUGCUGUCUAACAAUAGCUCUUCACGGCCACUUUGCCACAACUGUCAGUGUCGUUGCCCAGGUCCCUUCAUUCUUAAGGGAAGAAACAAUGGUUUGUUUUGUUCUUAUUAUUGUUUCACACCGGCAGAGUCUAAGAUCGACUCCAUAUUUAAGUUCAGAUGUCCUCCGUGGGCAUCAAAAUCCAAUGUUUGGUAGUUGAUGUUCAAGUUUAUUUUUAUACUGUUUACGAGCUUCUGUUGAUUGUUUCUUUUUCAAUAAACAAUUGUAUUGAUU